AUGGUAUUGACUUUUUUCAAAUUAGUUUAUACGCAUUACCUAAUUGGGCAGGUGCCUAUUUUGCCUGGUCAUGAAAUAAUUACGGCUGAUACAAUAGAGCAAAUAUACCUUAACUAUGGUAGUGCAAUGGCUUUCCGGUGCCCAUCGGUUCAACCGGUAUACACUUGCGCGAGUCCAAGCGUGAGAUAUGUUGCUAUCUUCGUUAAAUUGACCCUUCGCUCAGCAACCUUGCUGCCUAACUACUGA